AUGAACUUUGUAGGACUUUUGCAAGCAUUGAAAUCACCAGAUAACACAAUACGUAAAAAUGCAGAGCAGUUGUAUAACCAACUGAUGACAGAAAACCCUGACCUAUUUUUACAAAACCACGUGGAAUUAAUGAAAUCCCCAGAAGAAGAAACUCGACACUUUGUGAUGGUCCUUUUCCACGCUGCUUUGACGAAAAAACAAGACCCAUUGCUCUUCACACGGUUCAGCCCAAAUGCUCAACAGAACCUUUUUGUCACCCUUUUCAACAUUUUUCAGAACGAGACGAGUAAACGUGUGGCGACCAUGUUAGUUGAGAUCUUUGCUGUUACAGCAUUACAUGUGAGGGACUUAAACGACGGUAAAGGGAAUAUAGUGCCCUAUUACGAGUUAAUGUUUUCAAUCAUAAAUUCACCAAAUGAAGUGAUGCGGUAUCUUUCUCUAUCAACGAUAUCCUCCCUUUUCCUCUCAUUAGGAGAAGAAAAGCAAUACACUGAAUGUGAUAAUAUCGUAACCUUGAUUAAUCGUGGUCUGAAUGAUAACUCAUUUAUCGUGUCUAUGGCAGCUUUGGACUUCUUUGCGACUAUAGCAGUUAUAUACUCCCCUGAGACUCGACUUGGGCAGUUACAACCGAAGUUGCUGCCAUUGAUGCAGUCGUCUGUCCAGUUGUUUGGUAAAGUACUGAAUUCAAACAACCACGACAUGAUCCUUGAAGCUUUGAAGAAUAUCAACAACUUUGCGUUCUUCCCAAAGGAGCUUCUUAAGCCUUAUGUCAUGUAUUUCGUCAACGGACUUCUUGUAUUUUGCAACGCACAAGCUUUUGAUUUGAAAUUGCGACAAACGGCGAUGAGCACGACAUUGGAUUUGAUAUCGCCAUACAGUUUGUUGAUCAAGAGAGACCAACAAACACUGGCGAAGAUACUCAGUUUACUGUUUGAAUGGGAUGCACUGAGAGAGGACGAUUUGAAUGAAUGGGAGAAGGAAGACACCUUAGAUGAAGACGACGCCGACUUAGCUGACGGGUUAGUUCAAACUGCCGGAGAGUUAUUUGGUGGGGAAGUGAUGUAUCGCUUUGCGAUGAGUCAAGUCAUGGACACGUGGAAGAAGGAGUAUGCCUCUUUACGAUUUGUCUUUACUACACUGAACCCGGGUAUUCAUUUUUAUAAGAAAAACAUUGAAGAACUCAUCAAGUUGGUCCACACGAAGUUGGGGAAUACCAAUCCACGAGUGAGACAUAUGGCGUACUCUGUAGUCAAUUCUAUGGUGAGUGAGAUGAAGAAGAAGUGCAAAAGGUAUAGCAAAGAGAUUAUAUCGUUCAUUCAGACUGCAUUUGUUGACACUUCUGUGAAGAAUCAGACUAUGGGGUGUGAUAUCUUAGCCACAGUAUUGGACGUCGAUUUAAUAAGUCCACAGAAUAUGGAAGAGUACGCCGUGGGGUUCUUCCAAACGUUGAUCCAAUUUGUAUCAAAUUCUGCGUCAUUCCCAUUGAUCGACUCCGCACUGGCUUCGAUCAACUUUAUGAUUCAUUGUAUGUGCAAUAGACUGACUGCAGUGUUCCCCGCUUUGUUUGAAUUUUUCAAGACAAAACAAGUGCAAGUGUUGACGUUACUCAAUGCGCCAAAUAAUGACCCAAAGCAGAAAAAGAAUCUGUUAUCGACCGAGUCAAGAAUUAUAGAAGGGCUUUCUAUGAUGGUCUAUGCUUGUUCAAAUUCGAUUACACAAGAAGUUGCUAUGCAAAUAUUCUUGCAAGUGUAUAGCGUGUUCAAUGCACCGGCCGACCAACAAGAAGUCUUAUUGCCUUUUGCACAGAAGGCGUUUUCCCGACUGGCUUCAACAUUAAAACAAAGCGUUCAGCCCUAUUUAAAUACGAUUGUACCCAGUCUUGUGGAAGGUGCUGGUAAACGGACGAAAAUACGGUUUGAGACUGGAGAAGAGGAGAUUGAUGAGAACGAGUGGGCGAGUUCUGCUAUAUGUGGGUUGAAUUAUGGAGUGAAAACAUCUGAAGUUAUUUAUAAGGCGGACUGCCAAUCGACGUUAACCCUAUUUGUGGAAGAAUUGAAAGAAUCGAUGUUCCCGUACUACGAGAUGAUGAUUCCUUUAUCACACAACAUCAAAUAUAUGCUCGACGACACUGUCAGACAGACUGCAACGUGUUUGAUGAGUAAGAUGUUGACUGUACAACUCGCAACAUUGAAGCAGACUAACCCUAGUGACUACCUUGUAGUGUUCAAAAACUCAAAGUUGUAUAAAGAGGUCUUCUUGGUAUGGACAGACUCAAUUCCAAAAGAGCCGGAGUCCACUAUUGCUAUUGCGGAGAUCGACGCGUUCACACAACUUGUGAAAAGUCAAGGAAAUAACGGAUUAACUGAAGAAGAGAUGCAAUAUCUGUUCACGAUGUUUGCCGACUUGUUUGAAGGAUACUUGAACAUUACACAAGACAAGAAGAAGAAUAUGAAUGAAGGAGUCCAACAACUGACAGGUGAGGAAGUUGAUAUGUUGACACAAGACAGUGAGAAUGAUAGUGAUGCGUUGAUGGCGUCACAGUACCUCUUCAAGAACAUCUUGAGGUUCAAUGAGAAGUACUUUGAUGUGUAUAACCGGAUAUUCCACCAAUGGGUAGUGAAGUACUACAAAAGUGGGAACGAAGACUAUAUCUCCACUGCUGUGAUGUUCCUUUCUGAUUUGAUAACCGCGGGAAAACGAACAGACAUGGCCGUGGUGUUAGUUGGGGAAUUCAUUAACUUGAUUAAAGUGUCUGGGAGUGACACACAGUUUAACACCCUCCUUUGUAUGUGCGAGAUAUUUAGAUACUACGACUCCACAUUUUUACAGCCAUUUGUGCCAGCUUUGCUCGAUAAAUUGCAGUACUGCUUGGGUCUGAAAGGUACCGAAAAGAAUGACAUAUAUGAAGCAUCAGUGUUGUGUCAAGGAGAGUUGAUGAUGAGACACCCCGACUUGUGUAAACAGAUUGGGAUUGUUGUUGAUAAGAUGCUGAAUGUGUGGUUCUUCUCGUUGAAAGAAAUAGAGGGAGUGAAAGACGUUGCAAUGACGAUGAUAAUCAAUGGAGCCGUCGAUGGGUGCUUAAAAAUCGACACCGUUGAUAAACUGUCAUACUUCAUCACAUUUAUCGCAAGAACACUACUAGAUGAUUCACUUGAUUUGGAACAGGUUGAUAAACUCAAGUUGGUACUCAUUGCAUUUAAAAAGCAAUUUUCAGACGAGGUGUUCAACAGAAUAUGGAACAGCUUGAUGGUUGAAGAAAAGGAAGAGCUCUAUGAACUCGUUAAAUGA